AAUGCAAAUCAUCAACAAUAAGGAUUAGAUUGAGAGAAACGAGUUGGUGUUGAAAGAUGAGAGACGAGGGGAUGAGGUACAUCAGGUCUACUCAUAUAAGAACAUCGUAACCGGUAGAUUUUUAUUCAUUCUGUUUGUAUCUGUAAGACCUGUUGUACCUCUCGCAAUAAAAAAAUGAAAUCGUCAAUUGUGUUACUGCUGGCUUUUGCUGCAGUAGCGGUGAGUAAAGAUAUUGUCGGUGUUGUGAAGCUUAUGCCACAUGACAGCACCAAAUUUGUCACUGGAAAUCUUAAAUUCGUUCAAAGUAAUCCCACUGGACCUGUUACUAUUACUGGAACAAUAAAUGGACUCACUCCGGGUAAACAUGGAUUCCAUGUUCAUGAAAAGGGAGAUCUUACAAACAACUGCACUACUACUGGCGGACAUUUCAAUCCAACAAAUCAAGCUCAUGGAGCACCAACAGACACUGUUAGACACAUUGGAGACCUUGGAAACAUUGAAGCAACAGCUCAAGGUGUUGCCACUGUAAACAUUGUUGACAAAAUGAUCUCUCUAUCUGGACCAAACAGCAUUAUUGGACGCGCUGUUGUUGUUCACUCAAGUGUUGAUGAUCUCGGUAAAGGAGGUCAUGAAUUGUCCAAGACAACUGGAAACGCAGGAACACGCUGGAGUUGUGGAGUUAUCGGUAUUAUGUAAGCGGAAUACAUCAGCGGGGAGCUAUAUUUAUCUUUGGAUAACACUAAAAAUUUUUAACUCUAAUGGCUUUACUCUACUAUUUUUUUUUUUUUUUUGCUUUUACAUAUUAUUUGGAGAAUUAAUUUUAAUUACUACAGUCUUAAACGCAUUAUGGAGAUUUUUAUUUAUAUGAUGAAACAUAUAUAAUUACUGUAUAUUGGUAGUAUUGAAGAAUUAAACCAUCUCAUUAUUAUGUAUACAAAAAAUUGUAUUAAAGUAACUAAACGUGUAUAAUAUUUUUCUCAUAACUGUCAUAUGGUUGAAUGUUUAAAAUAAAUUUAUCUCCUAGCAUUUAAUUUUGACUGUUGUUGUAUGUCUGAUGAUAAUAAUAACCAAUAAAUACAGAUAUUAACUUGCAUAA